CAGCUAGGAACAGCAGAAGUACACCGUUGGGAAAACAUGGGGUGCUUUCGCCUUACCAAAUGCUGCUGCUGCAGUCUUCACAGUGCCUCCCUUACUGUCGCAAUCAUCUAUUUGUUUCUAGCCCUGUUGGGAGGCGGGUUCCACGCGUGGGAGCUGUACCGGCACAUUGGAACUACCAGUGCCGUCGCGUACAAUGGCGCCGGGAUCGGUGUGAUGGGUAUGUCUGUUAUCCUGGCUAUCGUACUGGUGGUGGGUGUAGCUAAGGAGAGGCGGUUCCUGUGUCUGAUGUGGGUCCUCUGGGCGUUCAUCCACCUGGCCAUCGAGAUCGCCCUGGGUACUUAUGUCGGCGUGGUGUCCAUCGGCGGUGCAUUCGGCCUGGCUGUUGCGGGAGUCGUGGAACAAAUGGUUGGAUCCAUCAUCACUAUCGCCCUCAUCCCUGCCAUCAUUACCCUGGCCAUUGCUGUCGCCAUCAUCUUUUUCUUGAUUCCCAGCAUCGUAAUUGUGUGCUCCUAUUACCAUGAACUAAGGGACGGGCAGCAGGUACAGCCAGUGUGAGAGAAGAAAGGACGUCAAAUUUCACUAGUUUUUUGUUUUCUUUUAAAUAUAGUUCAGAGAAAGUUAUGUCAAACACUACUGCAGUGGAUAUCUAUGCAUCUGUACACAUUACAUGACAUAAAUGAAAAUGGAAUGUACUAGUAUUCAGUCUAUUUUCUACAGCAGAGGUACACUAGUGUAAAUAUUGUUACUUCAUAAAUUGUAAAAUUUUCUCUGAUUGAAUUAUUUAACUUUUAUUUAUGACUAUAGAGUCGUAUUGUCCCCUGCUCAACUUGACAUUCAUCAGCUUAUGCCUGUAAUAAAACGUUUC